AGCUUAGUAAUACUUGUCAGUCAGAUGAUCUCGAAAGAUCCUAAAACAUAUUAAAAAUUUUUCAUUUUUCGGCGUACAAAAUUUGACACAGACACCUUCCACACAUGGCAUCUGCCGCCACAAACAAAAACAAACCAAAAAAGGUCAUAACCAUCCAAUCGAAAGAAGAUUUUGAUAAGAUCGUCGCGGAGGCUGGCAAUAAGCAUGUCCUGGUGGAAUUCUUUGCUACCUGGUGUGGCCCCUGUGCCCUGAUUGGGCCACGCCUUGAGGAGCUUGCCCACGAGUAUGAGGAUUGUUUACUUAUAGUCAAGGUCGAUGUGGACGAUCAUGUGGAACUGGCAGAAGAGUAUGACGUCAGCAGCAUGCCGUCAUUUCUGAUCAUUAAGAACAAGGUAAAACUAGAACAGUUUGUGGGCAGCAACGGGGACAAGGUGCAAAGCACUCUUCAAAAAUUCUGCGGCAAGCCAGAUGAUAAUAAAAAAGCACCAGUUGCGGGCCCCAGCACACAGCCAGCUCAGAAGCCAAACAAACUUGUCUCGGUGCUGAAAGCGGUUACACCGAGCAAAGCGAGCAACAUGCCAACGGACAAACAAUAGACAGAGACCUCUGCAUAGAUCAAGUUGAAGAAGAAAAAUCGCUGUUUGAAACUCUCUUUAGGGAAUUUGUAGACCCGUUUAAAUUCAAGGCCCAAAUUGCACUGUGUUUUUGUAUUUAGCAUCUUAAAGCCGGACUAAAAAAGGUUUUUCGAAUAUAAAUAUUUAUAUUUA